AUGGGUACCUGGCAAGCAAUAUGUGCUGUCUUCAUGUUCAUCGUGGACACCCUAUGCCUUGCGGCGCCAACGCUACAAGUCCCAGCAUCCUCCUUACCAGCAGCUCCACCAUCCGCCUCCGACCGACGACUCAAUGUCUCUCGAUCAUCCAAUACCGCAAACAUAGACUCCGUGCGCGCCCUUCCCGACCCCUGGGGCUUUCGCAUCCCUAGAUCGCCUUUGACAGUUGAGUUCUAUGGCUCCAGCGACCAGUACCCAUCUCGAAUUUUGAAAAGUACGUUCGAAGAGCCGAAGAUGAAAUCGCGAAACGAGUCAUCGCCCUCCAUGCUAGCAGUUCUCUGA